CGUCAUAAUGGAGUUUGAACUGGCAUAAGUUUUACCCUCUGGUAUAGUAACACCACUCAGAAUGCUUACUGAUCUUUAACACAUCAGUGUGCCGAGGAGAAUUUUUCGAAGAAAAAAAUUGUGUUAUUUUAAAGAAAAUGAAUUCGCUUUUACCCAAAGUUCGUCGUGUCCACAUCGUCGGAAAUCAGUUAUGCUCUAUUCCCUCUCUUAGUCUUCGUGAUAAAUUCUUUUCUCUGGUGUUUCUGGGUUUUUGCCCAAAAAGCUGUCUUUUCCACACAUCUGGACUAGAUGUAGCUCGUCCAGCUAAUAAGAAAGCCGAGAGAAUGGAGAAAUCCAGAGAAACUUCUGCCAAGCUUCUCAAGAAAUUACGAAAGACACGCCUUGAGGGACUGGUAAACCCUGAGCCUGUGUUCACACCUGAAGAAAAACUCAACAAGCGAAUUAAGAAGAUACAGUCUAUCAAGGGACUUUUACAGUUCUACUGGUUCAGAGUGAAGAAAAAGCGAGAACUAACUCCUUUCCAUAAAUUCACAAUUCUUGAAUGUAUCGUGGAGUAUUUCUCGAAAAACGUUCAGAUGAGAGAUGUCUUUUUGACCCAGCCUCUCCAACAGAGUUUGUUUGAGAUGCUAGCGCAAGACGUCAGGGUUCACCUCAAUGACUUUGAUGCGAAUCAGAUAUGCAAAGUUGUGAUUUACAUGGCAAAAUUGUGUGUUAAAGAUUCUUAUAUCUAUAGGGAUCUUGAAAGAGGAAUUUUGUACCACAAACUUAGCGGAUACUCGACUAAACAGCUCUCUCAUUUAAGCUGGGCAUUUGCAAAAUACUGUUUGCACACAAAUGUUGUUCAAAUCUUUCAUGCCUUAGAUAAGGAGAUUUUCUCAAGGGACAUAUCAAAUUUUUCAUCUGAAGAACUGUGCACAUUAGCUUGGUCUUUUUCUGAGUCUGACUUUUCCAGUGAUGGACAAUUUUACAAGAAGAUUGGUAGUGAAAUUUUAACUCGAGAUCUUAGUCAAUUUCAGCCAUGGGCUCUGGCAUCUCUGUCAUUUUCUUACUCUAGAGCAGAUGCUUUUGUAGCUGAAGUGUUUCAAGUGGUUGAAGAAGAGCUCUUACAGCGCGAUGAUCUCAAAUCCUUUGCAACAAAUGAUUUGGUAAUCCUUGUGUUAGCAUUUGGUAGGGUUGGAAAACUCCAUCCUGAAUUGUUUGGCAAGUUUGAAGUUGUGAUGGUGACAAGAAGAGAUUAUGCAGAGACUGUCAUUAGGGAGUACUUGCAAGAAACUUACAAUUUGUUAAGGAACAGUAAGUUUCAUUUAGCAGUGGUGGUCAAAAUGAUUGAACGUGUAUUAGACCCAGAUGUGUGUAAUUCUCUAUUUGAUAUUCUGUUUCGACCUCGUAGAUCUUGGAAAGAAAAGGUUCUUCACCAGUACCUGUUUAAAGCAUACUAGCCUAUCAAAACAUAAGAUACAUUCAGUGAUGUAUUGUAUGAAUAUGAACCAUUUGCCAGCAUUUCUUGACUUGAUUAACUUUACUACACCCAGAUGAACUUUUCAGCAUUUGAAGGAAUGUGAUAUGUGUGCAGAUGUUUGAUGAUUAAGGGACAACUUGCUACAAAACAAGCCUUUAUUGUGGAAUAAAAUUUUUUUUAUU